AUUAUUUAAAAAUUUAUCGUUUCGUUAAGGAUUAUUGACAUCAUCAAUAAAAUGUUCUGUAUAUUAAAGGCGCUGUUUUCUUUUAAAUAUGUUAACCGUAUCUAUACUUAUUCAGAAUUCAUUCUCUAUAUUACGUUCAUGUAAUCGAUAUAAAUAUUUUAUAAUAAUGAUUUUAAAUAUCAAUUCGAUGUUAAUUUAUUUGGAUACGUUUAUCACGCGCUCUUGUUAAUAGCCAGGAAAAGUGAUUAAAUCAAUAAGUCAAUUGCGUGUUUACAGUUGAUAUAAUUGAUUUUUUAUUUUUCUAUUAUAUGACAUCCAAGAUACUUUUUUCAGUAAAAAGAUAAUUUUUUUUUCUUUUCAUUAAUUUAGAAAAAUAAUUUAUUAUAUUUAUUAUGUCGUUAAUAAUCGUUUGAGCUCAGAUUGGUAAUAGGUUGAAUUAAUUUUUUAAACACCAAAAUUUAAUGAAUUUAAAUCGAGUACGAUUAAAUAAUGUUUUGAAUGUUCGCGAAUAUUUUAUUUAUUUGAUGAUUUUAAUAACAUUCGGAGAAUACUUCUAAAAUUUAUUAUGAGUCAUUUAGAAAUUAUUUUGCAAUGAUUUUAAUUAGGAUAGAUAAUUUUAAUUAUGGAAAUUUUAACACAAUUGAUAUAAUUUAAUGUUAAUAUAAUUCAAGAACGAUACAAUGCUAACAAUAAUUUGUAGAAUGACGUGAGAACGAGUAUCUCAUCUUUUGUUUUUGAUUGGCUGACAUCUUAUCUUUCAGAAGUACCAAUUUCACGGUAGUGACUAAGGUAUAGGGUCGCUACAAACUGUUCAAAAUGUUUUUGACUUCAUAUAUUUUGUGAACUUUUAGUUAAUGGCAAUUAUCGACAAUUUUAGAUCAAUGAGAUCAUAAGAAGAUUGAAUUUUUCUGUUUAUCUGAUAAGUACACAAUUAUUCAAAAUUCAUUCUCUAUCGAAAAUAAAAUAUUUUAUGGUACCGCUAGCCUUGUUUUUGGCUGCGGUAUAUACGUAUGAAAUGUCUACCUUUGGACGAUUUAAAACGAAAAACAACCUAUAUUUGAUGUUUCAUUUAAGACGAUCAGAUUUACCUGUUGCUUAUAUUGAUGCUCCACAAAAACUUGGAUUUGGAGCAACAAUAAGUGCUCCACAUAUGCAUGCACAUGUCUUGGAAUUACUUCAAGACAAAUUACGCGUUGGUGGAAGAGCAUUAGAUGUUGGAUCAGGAUCUGGUUAUUUGACGACCUGCAUGGCAUAUAUGUUAGGACCUUAUGGAACAGCAAUAGGAAUUGAACAUAUUCCAGAACUUCAAGAAAUAGCUAAAGCAAACAUAGAAAGCUGUUAUCCAAAGUUUCUUACUUAUGGACGUAUUGAAUUAGUUGUUGGAGAUGGAAGAUUAGGAUAUCCACCAAAAGCACCUUAUGAUGUUAUUCAUGUUGGAGCAGCAGCAAAGGAAGUACCUCAACCUCUAAUUGAUCAAUUAGCUUUUGGAGGAAGAUUGAUAAUUCCUGUAGGUCCAGAUUCUUCCAAUCAGACUUUAGUCCAGAUUGACAAAAAAAUGAAUGGAGAAAUUGAACAAAAGUCAUUAAUGGGCGUAGUAUUUGUACCACUUACUGACAAGCAACAUCAACUGAAAUCAUGAGGGUUGUGCAAGCUCCAAUAAGUGAGCAUUUUGUUAUUUAUAGUUAUGAGUAUUCAUAUUACUUUGUAAUUACUUUUGCUGUGAACAAGAAGAUUAAAAUUUGUUGGCAAAAGAACUGAGUACGAAUGAAACAAAUAAUUUUAUUAUGAUAUUUAUUCUAUAAAUAUUUUAAAUUUAUCUAAUACAUAACAAACUAUACACAUUUUUUGAAAUAUGAAAUAGAGAGUAAAUAAUAAAAUGUGCAAAUAACGAUAUAUUCUGUAACUAUUUUCUUCUUUGCUUUAUAUCACUUAGUUAUAACAUAGACUCUGUACAUGAGACAUUCAAACAAGAAUGUAUUAAUAAAUGCUGAUUUAUGUGACUAGAA